AUGAUAGCCUCGAAGGGUUUUGCGGAAAAAAUGAAAAAUGAUUUUGUUACAUCGAAUUGUUUUCAUCCUGGAAUGAUGAAUUCCGAAUUCCUAUUAAAGACGAAGGGUGAGAUGAAGUUUGAGGAUUUUAUUAAACCUUUUGCAAAGAAGAUAUUAAAUGUCGUAACAAAGCCUAUUGACGAUGGAGCAAAACUGGGAGUCCACUUAUCAACAUCGGAAAAACUAGAAAAAACCACAGGAAAAUAUUUCGACAACUACCAAAUCCACGAGCAACCUUCAGGUCUAAACGACACGAAUUUUUGUCGAAAAAUAUGGACAGCAAGUGAACAAUACGUAAACAUGACACAAGAAGAAAAACUACCAUAA